GAUACGCCGCGGUCAUAUUACCACUAGAUCAUCAAUAUUAACAGUAUGGAGUAGGAAUUUUGUAGGUUAAUUCUGACAUCAUUAUAGCCGAAAAAUAAAAAUUAUUACGAGCUGGGAUUUAGAUAUAUUGUAUUGACUGUGACGGCACACCCCAUUCGUAUGGACGUCAUCAGAUACGCCGCCUUUGUUCGUCCACUGGGCCGUCCUUGGUUUUCUUUCUUAGACGCCUAGCGUCUUUUAUCUAUGGGCUUCUCUCUCGUAACAAAUUAUACGGGGCCGCUGGCCAAUCUUGCUUGUGAAACCGUAGGUUUGCUAAAUGGCCCAAGUAAAAGCCCAAAGUGAAAGGACUGCGAAACAGAUUAUAAAAAAGAAACAGACAGCAGCUAGGUUUUUCUUCUCUCUGCUCCAAGGCGAUAAAGCGAUACUGUGCGACUUGGAGAUUAUAGCUCUUACGCCGUUGCCGCAUCUAAUCGCCGACGAUCUGUUCUCAUCUGCUGCUUAACAAUGAUCAUCUCGGAGAAAAACCGCCGCGAGAUUUCCAAGUACCUCUUCCAAGAGGGAGUCUGCUUUGCGAAGAAGGAUUUCAAUCUGGCGAAGCACCCAGAAAUCGAUGUUCCAAAUCUGCAGGUGAUUAAGCUCAUGCAGAGCUUCAAAUCCAAGGAGUACGUCCGCGAGACCUUCGCCUGGAUGCACUAUUACUGGUACCUCACCAACGAAGGAAUUGAGUUCCUGCGUACAUACCUCAAUCUGCCUUCGGAGAUCGUCCCUGCUACCUUGAAGAAGCAGGCUAGGCCAGCGGGCAGGCCAUUCGGAGGCCCACCUGGUGACCGCCCACGUGGCCCUGGACGUUUUGAUGGGGAGAGGAGGUUCGGGGGCGAUAGGGAUGGUUACCGUGCUGGACCAAGGGCACCUGGUGGUGAUUUUGGUGACAAGGGUGGAGCUCCUGCUGAUUACAGACCAACAUAUGGGGGUGGCUCUUCUGGUCCGAGGACAGGAUUUGGCCGUGGUGCUGGAAGCUAUGGCGGUGGAGCUGGUGCCGGUGCUAGCUCAAAUCUUCCUUGAAGUGUUUCUUGAGAUUCUAGCGUUUUCGUUUCAGAGUUGCCGAUGUGUGAGGGACUGAGUGAUUUUUGUUUCAAUUUUCAGAGGCUCUUGCUUGAAUAGUUUGUAGUCCUGAAUUAAUCAUACAUGUUGAAUGCUUGUGGUAAUCAAAGUUCAUGAUGAUUGUUUGCUUUCUCGUCAGACGAAGGUUCAACAAGAAAUCCCCUCCACUUUUUUUGGUUGUAGUAAAUUGCAGUUGCAGGG